GCUGGGUGACGCUCAGACAGGGUGGCGAGUCGGGAGCUGUAACCGGCUGACUCAACCCUCUGCUCGGCUUCUCUGUUUCCACCGACCGCGGCCCCCCGCCGCCGGCUCUGAUUCACACCGGACGGGCAGCACCUGGUUUCACCGAGUCAUGGGAAUCAGCGGUAUAAACAGGAGGAUUUGUUGAAAUUGCCGGAGAACCAUGGAGCCAGAUGUGAUUCGCAUGUACUCCUCCUCUCCGCCGCCGAUGGAGGACGGUGCCGAGGAGGAGGAGGACGAGUUCGGAGACUUCGGCGGUUUCUCUGGCGUCCCCAACAGCAUCAGCUUCACCGAGUUCGACACGCCCACUACUUUCAACCAGACGCAGGCCUUGAACGCCACCUCACCACCUGAACUGAUCAGCGGCAGACGCGUGGUGGGAUUCUCCGGCGUCGGCUCCGCUAACAGAACUGAUGAGCUCUCCAAGGCCAAUGGUGUCGUGCCAGGAGGCCGCACGGGUGGCAGUCCCUCAGAGAGAGCUGUCAGCGAGGCUAAAAAGGUCCUCGCCGGCUCCCUGGAUUUCCCGGGGAGUGACCAGGCCGGCACCGAGCCUGCUGACUGCAAUGGUGGCACAGAGGUGCUGACAAACGGGUUCGCAAUGUUUGAAGUUCAGGGAAGCCCUUCCUCGCAGAAUUCUGUCCACUCUCAUAAAAAAGGAACCUCCACUGAGGAAAUGGGCAGCGUCCCUGCUGGCAGCCCAGAGGACGAUUUUGCAGACUUUGCUGCUUUUUCCAGUGCUGAAGGACACUUCAGCCAGACGGCAAACAAGGACUUGGACAAUCCCAGUGGGGAUAGCUGGCUGGCGGAGGGCGCCUGCCAAGAGCACUGUAUUAUAGAACAGGGAACGACUUUAGAGGACGAUGUCAGGGACACAAACAGAGCUGGACCCGACACGUCCGUCUCUGAUUCCAUAUCUGUCUCUGCCGUGGCUGCAGACGGCUCGGACAGCAGGGACCGCCACUCUCACACAGAUGCUGACUUUGAACAAAGGGACGUAGCCUUUGCACACGAGCACUCGGCCUCUGAAGCAGUUUGCACUGAGACGCCCCUCUCCCUGAAUGGGGUUGACUUGGUGGGCGGGGACAGGCCCGAAGAUGGGAUGGGCUGCAGAGAAAACGACUUCUUGCCUGAGACGACCGCUGACGGCGAGGCGGGGCGGUUGGACGGGAAAGGCUCCGGAAACGAGACUGAAACAGAAACAGAGACGGAGACGUCUUUUGGCCGGCCACUGUCGACAGACGCUCUGGAGGAGUAUGGAGACAUGAGCACCACGGGCUCCGUGCCCUCCCCACCCCUCCAGGAGGACACCGCCACACCCGCCGACCAUAGCCAGCUGGCAGAAGACGACGAUGAUGAUGAGGAUUUUGGGGACUUUGGAGACGUCAGUUCCUUCGGUGGCCAGGGCUUCCCUGACUUUGAGCAGCUGGAGGUGCAGCAGGAGCAGGGUGGGUCGAACAGCUCUGUGCCUGCACAGGAAACGGCAGAUGCUGAGGACAACGAUGACUUUGGUGAUUUUGACACCCCUAAAUUCCACACUAGUGGAACAGAGGGGGAGGAUGGAGGCAAAUUUGCAGACUUCCCUGUCAGUGACAGUUUUGGAAAUUUCAGUUCAGCUGUCGUGGGUGCAGACGGCGAGGCGGACGCAGGGUGGAGCGCCUUCGACCAGCCCGAGCAACAGCAGGUCGAGGGAGAAUCAUGGGCGGCGUUCAGCGUAGAGCCGAGCGCCGCUCCUCCCCUGGGGGGCGAAGAGGAGGGGUGGCAUGAAACUGAAGCUCCUGCCCUCAGCGACCAAACCAGCAGGACAGACAGAACCCCGGCGUCGCUGUCCAGCCGUCUGGAGCGGCUGUUUCAGAGCAGCUUCCCUCAGACCCCCGUCCCGCAGGUGGGGGACGAGGUGGCGUCGCUGAAGACCCUGCUGGAGCCUCCGGAGGAGAAACCUCAGGCGGGACAGGAGGAGGAGAGCAGGACGCCGCGCAACGGGGCGGUGCGGGGGGGCGUGUGGAGGCAGCUGCAGGACAUUCACGAUGCGUUCGGGCUCAGACACCAGUGGGGCGGCUCCCACUGCAACAAAACACUACUCUGCUCCCUGGGCAUCGACAUCCGAAACAUCCUGUUCACAGGACAGAAGAAGCAGCCCGUCAUCGUCCCCAUGUACGCCGCCAGCCUGGGGAUGCUGGAACCGACCAAAGAGCCUGUGAAGCCCGUCUCUGCAGCAGAGAUGAUCGCUUCCAUAGCACAAGCUCCUGCAGCGGGUCCAGAGAAAAGCCCCUGCGCCCCGGACACAGUCCAGCAGGAGGCGCUCCCACCCGUCCAGUUUGACUGGAGCAGCAGUGGCCUUACCAACCCCCUGGAUGCGAGCGGAGGCUCCUCUCUGUUAAACCUGGAUUUCUUUGGCCCUGUGGAGGACUCGGGCUCCAGCAGCUCCCCCUCCAUCCCAGGCGUGGACCCGGAGCUGUACGAGCUGACCACGGCCAAGCUGGACCCCAGCAGCUCCGGCAGCAAAGUGGCCGACGCCUUCGCCCGCCUCAUGUCCACCAUGGAGAAGACCAGCACCUCCACCAGGAAGCCGAGGAAGGAGGAGAACCUGAGCGAGGAGGCGGCCAAGGUGAUCGCCGGCCUGCCCGACCUGUCCUUCAUGCAGGCCAAGGUGCUCAUGUUUCCCACCACGCUGACGCCUCUGGGCUCGCAGCCCGCCGCGGACUGAAGCCCCGCCCUCUGCCCCCCCAGCUGGCCCCGCCCACCCUCCCCUCCCUCACCGUCUCACUCGAUCAAACUGUCGUCUUUUUCUCGCUUCCAUGUUGUGGCUUCUCCCCCUUUAUACGUUUUUUUUUUCCAAUUUUUUUUUUUUAACCAAGCAAAGCAUUUAUCAUCGUUGGAAUCGGCGCGGCAACGGAGGACCUGCAGAUUUAGACGUCAUCAGAUAAUUUAUAGAGCUGUUAAUUUAUAGAGGAAGGCUUAGCAGAGGUGUGCUGUUCAUAUUUAGACGAAUCAACAUGUAUAUAAUCAGGGACAAAAAGUUUAUUUUCCCGCCGUUUGACGUUUGUUUUUGGGUUUGUUUUCUUUUGUUUUUUUAAAGAUUACUUUUGGAAGGUGAUGUUCGUGUGGUGGGCGUGUGUUCAUGUAUCUGUGAAGGAACGAAAAACACUGGCUGAUGUUCUCUGAGCGAGGCUCCAAUCAAGGUGAAGCGGAACAGAAGUAUAAAUAAAUAACAUUUAUAUACAUAUAUAAUAUAUAUAAAUAUAUCUAUAUAUCAACUUGAAACCACACUGCCUGCAAAAUCCAGCUGAAUGUUUCCCCUGUUGUGUUGAUGGCCUUAGUUUUUACUUAGAGCGUAGGUUUUAUCCUUUAACCCUCGGCUGCCACGCGCUGUACGUCUGCUCACCUUGUAAUUUAACUGUAGCAUUUUGAUUUCUCUUUUUUUUUUUCUCUUUUUUUUAUGUUUUAAAUAUAUAAAAUCAUCACCCAUAUCAGUGCAGUCCAUCCACUCUCAUCAGAACGGACGACGGCUGCGUCUCGUCUUCGGGUCGGGAAGCUGCCGGUCACAGUUUGUCUGUGGCUGCUAGUUUUAGUUAUUCAAAAUGAUUUAAAAAAAAAAAAAACAUCUAGUUAGCUGGUGAACCGGUGGAAGAGAUCGUAAACGUGCAGCUGUAGCAGCCGCUGUGGCCAGUGGACACACACACACACACACACACACACACACACACAGAAAAAAAAAAAACAAGUUUCCUGCCUCGUUUGUGUUUGAUUUCCCGGGCCGCUCACGUGGAUGUGGGCGCCCGGGGGUCGAUGAAGGCGACAAAUCGGAUCAAAACCACUGAAACUCUGUGAAAGCGUCUCAGCAGCGAAGGGCGACUCGCGUCACAAGGGAAUUAAGGGACCAAUUUCUGCUUCCACGCGUUGGGUUGCGUACACUGUUCUGAUAUGAAGUGCUUCUUGUAGUUCUGGCUCUCAUUCUUUCACUUUUAUGUUUUGCGAUAUCUUGUUUUUUGUCGUCUUUUUUUUUUUUUCUUUUUCUUUUUUGGUUAUACUACUGUCAGCCCCGUCUCCCAGGAGGAUUUUGCACAUUGUAAAGAUGAAAUGGAUGUAAUCAUAGUUCACUGUGGCUUUAGACUGUGUACAGUUAAACUAUGGACUGUAAAAUGUACGGGAAAAUUCCUAUGGAAAAAAACGGAAUCACUUGAAGAGCCUGUCAAAAGGUUAACGUGCAUGCCCGGGUUCUUUUGAGACUAUAAGUGUGUAAAUUUUACUUUUAGUGUACACAAGAAAUUAAAAUAAUUUAAGAGAAAAA